GAUUUGUAUAAGCAGAUCAGGCUUUGCCUUGUGCAACAUGCUGUUUGUGGAAGUGCUGAGUAAUACAAAAGUUUUCAUGUGGCUGAUGCAAACCUGUGAGAUUUGCAUCAUCAUUAAGCAGCAAUAACCCGGCAUGACAGGAGCAUAAUGAAGUAGAAGUGGUCAGAGUCAUACGGAAGUUAGGCUGGUCUGUCCCAGUACAUAAGGGGAGCACUGGGAAACAACAGGUGCUGCUGAGAAGUAACAGAGAGACCGCUCCUGGAAUUGUUCAUUGGAAAGUUUGAGCAGUUCUCGCAGCUCACGCCUGUCACAAACCACCUGCACGGCACUUUUUCUGUUGGCAAGGAUCCCUGCUACUGUUCAGCUCAUCAUGUAUAGGCAAGCAGCUGAUGAUGUGUACUCUGUCACCAAAGGAAAGGACUCACGCCGUAUGUUGCCCUCAGCUGACAAAAAGAUGUCUGAGAAAGGAGAAAAAGUGGUGCUGAAAAAGAAAGUAACUCUGUUGAGAGGGAUUUCUAUAAUCAUUGGAACUAUUAUUGGAGCUGGGAUUUUUAUUUCUCCCAAAGGAAUUCUCCAAAAUACAGGGAGUGUAGGAAUGUCGCUGGUUGUAUGGACAGCCUGUGGCAUUCUCUCAUUAUUUGGUGCUCUCUGCUAUGCAGAGCUUGGAACGUGUAUAAAAAAAUCUGGAGGCCAUUAUACAUAUAUUCUGGAAGCUUUUGGCCCAUUGCCUGCAUUCAUAAGAGUAUGGGUAGAACUCUUGGUUAUUCGCCCAGCUGCUACAGCAGUGAUAUCACUGGCAUUUGGACGGUAUAUCCUGGAGCCUUUCUUUAUACAAUGUGAAAUACCAGAUCUUGCUAUCAAGUUAGUGACAGCUUUGGGCAUCACUAUAGUUAUGGUCUUGAACAGUGUGAGUGUCAGCUGGAGCGCUCGGAUACAGAUUUUCUUGACCUUUUGCAAGCUUAUAGCAAUUCUGAUAAUUAUAGUCCCUGGAGUUCUACAGCUAAUUAAAGGAGAGACACAGAACUUCAAAGAUGCCUUUAUUGGAAAAGACGUCAGUGUUAUGGGGUUACCCUUGGCAUUCUAUUCUGGAAUGUAUGCAUAUGCUGGAUGGUUUUACCUCAACUUUGUGACUGAAGAAGUCGAAAACCCAGAAAAAAACGUGCCUCUUGCUAUAUGCAUCUCAAUGGCCAUUGUUACAGUUGGCUAUGUCUUAACCAAUGUGGCAUACUACACAACAAUAAGUGCAGAAGAACUAGUUCUCUCCAGUGCUGUUGCUGUGACGUAUGCUGAGCGUCUCUUUGGGAGCUUUUCCCUUGCAGUCCCAAUCUUUGUCGCUUUGUCUUGCUUUGGCUCUAUGAAUGGUGGUGUUUUUGCAGUUUCCAGAAUGUUUUAUGUUGCGUCCCGAGAGGGUCACCUUCCUGAAAUUCUCUCUAUGAUUCAUGUGCGCAAACAUACUCCAUUGCCAGCUGUCAUUGUUUUGCUUCCACUAACAAUGGUAAUGCUUUUCACCGGGGACAUCUACAGCCUCCUGAAUUUUUUCAGUUUCGUUAGGUGGCUUUUUAUUGGCCUGGCUGUGGCUGGACUCAUUUAUCUGAGAUACAAACGACCCGAGAUGCAUCGCCCUUUCAAGGUGCCAAUAUUUAUACCAGCUUUAUUUUCUUUCACCUGCCUCUUCAUGGUCGCAUUGUCACUUUACUCAGACCCCAUCAAUACAGGAAUUGGAUUUGCCAUCACAUUGACUGGAGUGCCUGCAUAUUACCUGUUUGUCAUAUGGGAUAACAAACCAGAGUGGUUUCGGACAUUCACAGACAGAACAACUUUGAUGCUGCAAAUACUCCUGGAAGUUGCACCUACAGACAAGAAUAUUUCUUGAAUGGAACCUCUAAAGUGUUGCCACAACAAAUAUUUUGUUCUUUAAGUUUUGAAUUUAGUUUCCUAAUAUAUGAAUUCCAGAAGAUGUGCCAGAAGACUUUACAGUGCACUGCCGGAAUGUGUGUUGCACCCCUUUAAUACUUGAUGGAUAGAAUUUAUCAAAAUGAAAGAGGGGUGUGAUACUUUGUAAAUAUGCUAGAAUUUUUAUAUUAUUGACAGGGCAAUGCAGUCAGCUAGUUUAUCCAAUCCAAUACAACUAUUUUACUUAAAAUAAUGUUUCUUUCUUUAUUAGGCCAUUUUGGCAGGUGAGCCAAGAGGUGGGCAAUAUCUCGCUCAAUGCAAUAGACUUCAUGCAAAAUGAUGUACUGUGGUGAGUGUAGCUGAAGGAAACAUAUUCAAGCAUCUCAGCUUAUACUUGCCCAUGUGGAUUCAGCCAAAGGAGGCCAUUAAAAGUAUUUUGCUCACUUUAUUGUUACAUUUAAGUUUAACGAUGAUAAUGAUGAGUGCUAUGGCCUUGCUACAGCCAAUAGUAAGUGUCACACUGCUGAAUACAUCAAUCAUUAUAAUCCUAUUAAAUGUAGCUUACUUCUAUGGGCAAUAGUGCUAUAGUAGCACCUGGCUUGUACAGGUUCUUUGUUCCAGAUGCUCAAAUGGACUGAUAAGACACUUUGAUUUCACCGAUGACAUGCCCUUGAUGCUUGAAAUACAGGAUGGCACCUUAUAGUAUUAAGGUGGAAAGUAUCUAACAAUUCAUAGAUGUCAAAGGCAAUAGAGAGCUUUCUAUUUUCCUUGUGACUAAUGAAUGUCAAUGGCGUACCAAACCCUUCAGCAUUUUGUGCCGGAAGUCACUAGUUUUGGCUGCAGGCUGGUGUCAGUAACGGUAAACCAUUUAUAGUAUUUUUGGAUUCUGGCCAAACACACAAGAGUGCCUUCUAUAUUUGCUACUAAUGGGAGGGAUAGCAAGAGUCAGUCAACUUAGGAAAGCAUGGCCUUGCACACCCUCUGGCUUAAAGACAAUCUCCCUGUGUUACUGAAUGAGGGAAAAAAGAAUGUGUUACAAGUGGCCUCUUUUAAUAAAUGGAGCUGAGCCAGGAGUGUGAGGAUGGUCAGACACAAAGUGGCUUGCUUAUAGCUACAAUGGCAGUAAUCAAAUUGGGUCAGAAUGUUAUUAUAGGCCCUUGCAGUAAUUAAAUACAAACCUGGAUGGGGGGGGGGGGAUGGUUUUAUCUUUUGUCAUAAUUAUAUGCCACCCAACAGCCUGUCUGGUGAUGCAGUAGUUAUGUUUACUCUCAGCAUUCUGUGCAAGUUAUACAACUCCAACUCUGCAUCUAGCAUUGACAAGAUUACAGCCAUUUUACUAAAAGAGCACUUGGAACUUAGGUGUUGCUCAGUUCUUUAUGAAACUGAAUUUAUAAUUAUGAGAGGAUGUGCCUUAUUGAUUAUACUUGCUGAAAUAAUUCCUAUAGAUUUAGAAUAAUCCAAAUGCUUUCUGGCUGGGGUAUAUGGCAAUCCCUCUGCAAUGAAAAUAAUGAUAGCCGUAAGUAAGAACACAAGUGUGCAGAGUUAGGGUGUUCUUUUAUAACAUUAUAGUUUACAGUGCAUUUCAGGGAAAAAGAAUUCAAGCGGGCAAUUUCUAAUGUAAACUUUUAAUAUGGCAAAAUUAAAUACACAAAGAUCAAAUGGGCACAAAUAUGGUGCAAAACUAAAGCACUCUUGUUGCAUUCAGCAAAAAAAUUUCUGAAAACAAAUUUUUGAAAUGUUUAAAGUUUUGAACUGCAUAGCAAAUCGUUAUUAUUAUGCCUAUUGUAUUGCGUUCUUAUUUUAUGUACAGUUGAAUAAUGUAAUAUUUCUGUUAUCCAUUAUUUGUAUUCAUUUCUGCUAAGAUGGACAUACUGUAUCACUACCCCUCAGAUUUUAAGUAGCACAAUCAAUAAUGUUGCUUCUUUCUGUUGUAAUGUAAGGAACUGGGUUCAAAAAGGCUUUCACAGUUGGCUCAGUAUCAUUCAACAUUGUUGUGUUUUUCUUCCUUCAGUUAUAGUUCCUCGGUUUUAUAUUACACUUUGACCCAGGUUUAGCUUGUCGAUAAACAAGAUGGAAGUAAUUCUGUAUUUGGAUAAAAAAAAGGACUCUGUAUUCAUAAACUUGUGUAUCCAUUCAGCUGCUCUGUGGUGUUUGUUGCACAAAAAAAUCCAGGUUCUCAAUGUGCCAAUCUUACUUUUUUCCUCUUUUUGAUUCUGUAUUACUCCAACACCCUAUUGACACAAAAUAAUGUCAAUUAUAAAAUAAAUCAAAGAGAAGGGCACACUCCCUGGUAUAGUAUUAAUUCAAGUCAAUCUUUGAUGAAAUGCAUUGGGCAUUGCUACAAUAAUGUUCAAGAGCGAGCUUAAAACUUUAGUUUUGUAAGUGCAAUUCUAACUAUGGAAUAAAUUCUUUUAAAUGUACUAUGAAUGGGAUUGUGCCCUUCUUUUUGAUUUCUCUUGUAGAUUUUGCCUGGUUUAACCAACCUUUGAAGUGACACCUACUGGUUUAGGCAGCUGAGAUUGGGACUUGGACAUUAUCUCCUACUGGAUAUUAUUCAAUUGUAACAUUCAUACAUUUAGUACUUCUCUAUAACAUGUGAAUUAUCUAAAGCUCUCCCACUUGCUCUGAUAUUAUUAUUAUUACAUGCAUUAAUUAGCAACAGAUUGAUACAUUAGGUAAUGAGGGUCCUGCCCACAGGCUUAUAAUCUAUUGGGUGGGGAUAGUUGACUCACAGGGUACAAAAUGAUGUGGCUGUGGGGAAAGUAUAUUUUGAGAAAACAUUGACAAUGAUAUUACAGUGUUAGUGAAGAGGUAGUGUUUAAUGUGCUAUGGGAUAUCCCAUAUCUGCUUGGUUAGCAAGUUAGUGUGUAUGCUUCAUGGAAGAGGUUAGUUAAGGGAACAUUUAAACUAGGGCAGAAGAAAGUUUAAGAUUAUUAGAGUAGCAAAGUGGUCAAGUUGGAGUUGAGCCUUGAAAUAUAAGGUGUUAUUAAGGGCUUUGUAGGUGAGUGUUAGAUGUUUACAUUUGAUUUGGGAUUGUAUUGGUAAUUGGUGGGAUAAGUAAAGCCCAUAUUGUUGUAUUUAAGAUAUAUUUGUAAAUUCUUAGAUUUCUCUAAUCUUACAUGGAUGACAUUUCAUAACUCUAAUUAAUAUCAUUAUAUAAAAUAAAUGAAUACCCAUUUUACUUCGUAGUUAUUUCGCUCUCUUUAAAUUAUCUUCCUAGGCUUAGUUUCCCAAGCUUACUUUUUGCUUCAAAUAGGUUCUAGUUAAGAACUACCAAAGUGCCUAGUGUGGUGGUUUUGCUGAGCCUUGUAUUUAAAUAAAUGUACACAGGAAACGAUGGAUCAUUACCCAAAUGAUUUAAUCUGGGUUUACAUAUCAUAGAUGGACUUCCUUAAAUAAAGAAAUUAUUCCAUAUCCCUUUCUAUCAUGUUAGCUGAGCAAAAUAACUUUAUUUACACUAUAUAAAUUAUUUAAAUUUUGUUCCAUUUAGUCUUGGAAUUCGCAAUCACAACAAGCAGGCAGGUGCCAUUUUGUGGACACUGUUAUUAAGGCACGUUUUGCCCCCCAAAACCUUGUUUAUAUGCCAAAAUGGGGACACAAUUACAGAUUUUAAGGAGGGAGGGGAAAUGUGAGAAGUGCAGCGACAAUCUACAACUAAAUAGAAAGUGUCUAUAAAUGAGCUCAUGUCAUGUUGAAGAACCUGGUCUCAGAUUAAAAUAAAAUAACUCAUUAAAAAAGGAAAACUACUAGUACCUGGAGAUUUUCCCUAGCCCUGCCAAGAAUCAACAAAAAUGUUAAUUCAUACUGUGUGAAUAUACUUACAUUAAAUGAGCGAAGAUUAAGCAGAGGCCGCUUAAUCAGCCUUUGAUCUGCUGGUGGUCCACAAGGAGUGGAAUUUGCUUUACAUUUAGUACAUGGUUGCCUUAGUGACCAUCAGUGAAGAUGAAACUUUAAUGUAGUUUAUAAGACACUCCAUUCUUGAUUAAGAACACUCUCACUGCAUAUUGUGGGUAAUAUAAAAGAACUAUAGAAGAGCAUGAUGUCCAGCAAUUCAGCAGAUCAAUCAGUACAAAGGUAUCAUAUUUAGAUAUAAGGUCAUCUUAUAGAUUCUCCAUAAAUGUAUUCUUCACAUCCCCUGCUGUGGAACCCAUUUUCUUCUAUGAAAAUGUCAGUAUUUUUUAUACUUUUAUGAACAUUUCAAACACCGCACAGAGGCUGAAUAUUUUAAAGAUAAUACUAUAUACAUGUAUUCCAUUUUAUACUUUAUAUUCUCGUGUAAAUGACAGUAAUUAAUAGACACGUUACUGCACUCUCAGUAUUUCGCUGUCAUAUGCUCUGAAUGUUUGAAACAUAAGGAAGCUGUACCAUUCUGCUGUAUAAUGCAAUAUUUUGUGCUAUUUAGGGUAAAUUGUGUCUGCAAAACCAGUAAUUGUUUUUUUACAGCUCCAUAAUAGCGAAUGUCCAAAAUAAUUCCGUUCAUUUUUUACAUGAUUUGCAGUUUAGAGCGCUUCAUUAGGACUUUUGUGUAUCACACAGAACAGCAUAUACUAUAUGGGGAUGUUCUUUGCUGUUGUGGAUUCAUUUAUUGUUAACAAUUCAUUAGACUGCGUGUUGGGAGCUGAAAUGUCACCGUAGCAUAAAAUAAAAGCUGCCGGUUUAAAUCAAAGUGCAAUAAAAGGAAUCAACACUGCAUAUUUGGUAUCAUGCAAUAAACUAUGAUACAUUGAACUAA